UGAUAUAGAUACGGCGUCGUUAAAUAAUUGCGAAGGGCAGUUUUGUCAAAGCAGACUUACAAACUAAAGCCCUUUCCCGCCAUUAUAAGACUGAUCUAUAACUGACUAGAAAGAAAAAACCACCAAAAUCCCUCUCUUCUUUCUCCCUCUAAAAACAUGACCACCAUUUUCGCCCCAGUCAUUUUCCUUCUCAUGGCCACAGCUUCACAGACACCAUGUCCGCCGCCACCAGUAGCAAGCUGCACCGGCGAGCUAGUGGCUAUCUCUCCAUGCCUCGGCUACAUUUCCUCGGAGCCAAACAACAUGACGGAAACACCUACUUCUCAGUGCUGCGAUGCUUUAGAGAAAGCUUUCAGUUCCAGUGAAGGUAACUGCUUCUGUUAUCUGAUAAAGCAGCCUCUGAUCUUUGGAUUCCCACUAAACCAAUCGAGAGUGGUGUCCUUGCCUUCCGUUUGUUCAGAAACGACGAAUUUCACAUCUCUCGAAUCGAUUUGUUCAGGAUCGCCAGCACUGCCUCCUCUCCAUAGCAUAACAGAUCCAGUGACUAAAAAACCAUCUAAUUCUGGAAAUGCUGAGAAUUCGUCUGCACCAAUGAGUUUCACACCAACUGCAGAGAAGCUGCCGCCGUCACAGUUGAUAAAACCAGCCAGCCAUUCAUCUGCAGCGGGACAUAUUAGCAGUUGGUUUCUUCCUGAAGCACUGAUAACAUCUGCAGCAGUUUUCAUCUUGGCUCAUCUGUAACGUGAUAAAUAAUCUGAUUUCUACUUGAGGGUCUACUUGUUUUGAAAUAACAAACUCGUCAGUGUAUUAGUUGACACAUUUAUUUGUAAUGACAUAUAUGUUCUCUA